AUGACAACCAAGACUGCAGAAAAACGUUUGAAACGCAUUCGUCGCACUUGCCCUGCCAAGGUCCAAGAGCGCAUGUCAAGAGCCACGCGUGAGAACAUGUAUCUCACGGAACGCCCAUCAGUCGAUUACGAGAGCCUGAAGUGCGAGUUUACCCUCCUCGGUUCGACUGGCAACGUCUACGAUAUCACCUUUGGUCGUCUCCCCCAAUGUACUUGUCCAGACUACCGCAAGGGCAAUACCACUUGCAAGCACAUUUUAUUUGUCACCACCCAAAUCAUGGGAAUUUCGCCAAGCGACCACAUGUCCUACCAAAUGGCCUACAUUGGGGACGAGUUGGAAGAAAUGUACGACAAAAUGGAAGAUAAGGGCAAUGGCAAGGCAUUUAUGGCCAAGAAAGCCGUCCGCAAGGAAUACAAUACCAUGAACAACGACAGUUUGGAAAGCAAAAUGGCCAAGAUGCGUUUGAGUUGUUCGUCGAGAACACCCAAUGAUUCUGACUAUGCCAACCUGGGCAAACUUCAAGGUCAACGUAGCGAGCGUGAUACCAGCACCUAUAACGCCUACCAUUGGGAGAAGUACCCGUACCGUCGUUACAAUUGA